UUUGCAAACUGCGGUCGCCCCAGAAAUCGCGAGAACAAAAGAUACAAAAGUGCAAAAGUAUAAUACAACAAUACCAAUUAGUACAUAUACUAUAACAUCUGUGGGAUUCAGAUUUAUAUAAAAUAUAUCCGAAAUAUAUAUUUUAAAAUAAAACCAAACACACAGCACCACCAUGACUAGCAGAAGUCACAUCAUUUUGGCCAGUUCCUUGCUGUUGUUGCUCACAUUGCCAGCCAUCAAUGCCGAUCUCAUGUGCUAUGUUUGCGAUGAUUGUGCUAUGCUGCAAAAGGACACACCACUCCUGGCCUGCAAUGAUGACUUUUUCAAUCACGGCGGCAGCACUGAAGCCUCCACAGUGACCACCACCACCACUACAGAGGCGAGCACCACAACGACAGAGGAAAGUACGACUGUGCAGAGUACGUCCACAAUGGACACAAGCACCCAGAGCACUACGGCAGAGACCACUGUCGCCACCACUGAGCCAACAACCACCACAGUGGAGACUACAACCCCGGAGCUGAUCACAGAGAGCACUGCAAGCACAGAGGCGCCAGCACCAACACCACCAACAGCUGGACCCGUGGAGACCACCACUGGUUGGCCAACGCCACCCGCCGAGGAUCUGUUGGCGCUGGCAGCCAGGAACACCACGCGUCUGGUGCCUGUGGAGACCGAGAGCACCACACCAUCAUUGGCCAUCCGGCAGCGACGAUCGCUGGUCGAUACGGAGUACACCUUCCAUUGCUACUCUGUGCAGGCGAAGGUCAAUGGCACAAUGAUCACGGAUCGCGGUUGCUCCCGCGUCGGCACCUAUGAGGCCGUCUGCGAGCAGCUUCAACGCCAAAGCAACGGAACGGAGCUCUCCAACUGUGAUCCCUGCAGCAUGAAUGCCUGCAACGGCAGCUCCGCGCUCCAGACAUCGCUCCUGGGAUCUCUGCUGCUGGCCAUUGUAGCGGCUGCACUGCAUCGCAACUAGAGAUCAACUCAUCAUCAUCAUCACCCGGUGCUACAAUUUAGUAUUCCUCGUUUCUUUAAGACCCAACACACACCAACAAAAGACACACUCAUAAGACAGCACUCAUCGUUAAGUGAUUCGAAAUUUUAUAUAAUUUUUAAGAGACACACAACAAACACAACAAACACACCGCACACACCAACAUACACUCAAAACGAAUAUCGAAAUAUAUGCAAAUUUAUUUGUAUUAACUAAUUAAAGCUAACCAAAUGUGAAGCAUAAGGAAAAACUUAA